UCCAUUAUUAAUAUUUGUAUUUCUUCUUUUCUAGCUUUUCAUUUCUCUCUCACUUCCUUCUUCCUCAUUUCUAAAUCAUGGAGAUAGAUUUUCUGGGUUUGAAUUCUCCCAACUACAAAUUGGAGCAGGGGACUCUCAAGAAUCCAAUCUUAGAUACAGCUGGAGGUGUUGAGAUAUCUUUGUCUCUCAGUACAAGUUCUUCCCUCAAUUUCUCCGAUUUACAGAAGAAGAAAUGGGAAUAUUCAGCUUGUGAUGAGAUGCUAUCUUCUUCCUACUCUCAGGAGAACCCAGGCCUAAUUGUGGUUGCGCCGCCUGCUUUCCGCCCUCCUGCCGCCGCCGGAUUUCUCUACGACCUCAAUGAUGCCACCCCCAAUUUAAGGGACAUAUCUCUGUCGGCUGAAACUAAUGUCUACAUUGCAUCCACCGGCAGCUCUACAGUAGGUCAUACUCCAACGGUGGCAAUGGCUCGACGAGCAACCUUGGCCAGAUUCUUGGAGAAGCGGUUGCACAGAAUGAAUCAAGCUAGAGCAUCUCACUUGAUGAGGAGUGCCACCACCAUCAACAACAAGAAGAGCAACGACCUGAAAACAAGAUGAUGAAUAAUCCCCCUCGCUCUAGUUAUAAUAUAUAUUCAUUAAUAUUCAUAUCCAAGAUUUGCUUAUAGAAUAGAGCAAGUAAUACCAAGAAUAAGCAGGCAGUCAUUCAUUCUUAUAUGUAGUAGAUAGCCUCCACAACUUGGGUUUUAAUGAUGUAUUUAUUGUUUACAUUCAGUAUCAUUAUUCAUACACUUUAACUACU